AUGGCUUACGUCUCGAAAAAGGAGGACGAGAGCGGCCUUAGUUCUUACUAUAAUAACAAAACAACAAUUAUUCAAGAAGCCCGUGUUUUCAACGACUCGCCAAUUAGCCCUAGGAAAUGCAGGGCCCUCCUCACUCGCAUUGUCUAUCUGCUUUACAUUGGGGAGACCUUCAGCGCGCAGGAGGCUACGACGUUGUUCUUUGGAACAACAAAGCUAUUCCAACAUAAGGAUAGCGCCUUGAGGCAGAUGGUGUAUUUGGCCAUCAAGGAACUCGCAACCACCGCCGAAGAUGUCAUCAUGGUCACAAGCAGUAUUAUGAAGGACAUGCAACCAAACUCCGAGGUCAUUUACCGGCCAAAUGCAAUUCGUGCACUUUGCCGAAUCAUUGACCCUUCCAUGGCUCAAGGUGUAGAGCGUUUCUUCAAAGCCGCAAUCGUAGACCGAACGCCUUCUAUCUCAUCAGCUGCACUCGUGUCCUCAUACCACUUAUUCCCUCUUGCAAAGGACGUAGUCAAGCGUUGGGUAAACGAGGCUCAGGAAGCGGUCAGCGCAAAGUCGUCAUCAUCCUUCUUUCCUGGAUCAUCAGGCGGUGGUUACCUCAAUUUUGGCUCGUCCGGAAAUUCUAACAGCGGUUACCAACCUAUUCCUUCAACGAGUUACAUAACUCAAUAUCAUGCACUUGGUCUUCUGUACUUGAUUCGCCAGCAGGAUCGGAUGGCUGUGACUAAAAUGAUACAACAGCUCGGUGGGGGCAAGUCUGGUGCAGGCACGACGCUUAAAAACUCCAUGGCUCUUUGCAUGCUUAUUCGGUAUGCUGCAAAAGUGAUGGAAGAAGAUCCAAAUGUUCAAAGGCAGAUCCUUGAUCUUUUGGAAGGGUGGCUACGUCACAAGAGUGACAUGGUUAAUUUUGAGGCAGCACGUGCUAUUUGCGAGAUGAAGAAUCUCACUGCUUCGCAACUUACCAAACCGAUAGCAGUGCUUCAGCUAUUCCUCUCUUCUCCCAAACCUGUUUUGAAAUUCUCUGCAACCCGGACACUGGCCACUCUCGCUUUGACCCAUCCUGCUGCUGUGGCUUCGUGUAAUGUCGAUCUUGAGAAUCUUAUCACUGACCAGAAUAGGAGUGUGGCAACAUACGCCAUCACUACUCUGCUCAAGACCGGAAAUGAGGCGUCCGUUGACCGCCUCAUGAAGCAGAUCACUGGAUUCAUGUCAGAGAUUAGUGAUGAAUUCAAAGUCAUCAUCGUCGAUGCCAUUCGCUCGCUAUGCAUCAAGUUCCCGACGAAGCACGUUUCCAUGCUCGCUUUCCUUUCAGGGGUCCUCCGUGAUGAGGGCGGAUAUGACUUCAAACGCGCCGUCGUCGAGGCUAUGUUCGACAUGAUCAAGUUCAUCUCAGACUGCAAAGAGCAGGCGCUCUCGCAUCUGUGCGAGUUUAUCGAAGACUGCGAAUUCACGAAGUUGUCUGUGCGGAUAUUACACCUCCUUGGCCUCGAAGGUCCCAAAGCUCCUCAACCGACCAAGUACAUUCGCUUCAUCUACAACCGCGUCGUACUUGAAAAUGCCACUGUACGAGCAGCAGCCGUUACAAGUUUGGCCAAGUUCGGCGUGAAUGCGGUGGACGAUGGUUUACGAAGAAGCAUUGGCGUUCUGUUAAAUAGGUGUUUGGAUGACGUCGACGAUGAGGUUCGUGAUCGUGCUGCGAUGUACCUGAAUGUCAUGAAGGAGGCAUCUCUUGCGGAUACUUAUGUGAAAGAAGAAUCUGUAUUCUCACUUGCCGCGCUCGAAUCCAAAUUGGUUGCAUAUGUCAAUGAUGUUGAUGCCAGUGCACAGCCGUUCGAUACCUCAUCGAUACCGAAGAUCAGUCGGGCUCAGCUUGCUGCCGAGUCGACCCGUCCAAGCACGCUGGACACUAUUGCUGCGCCCGCAACGAGAGCCUCAGCAUCUCCGCCACCUCCGACCGCUGCGGAAACGCAAUCUGCAUAUGCACAGCAACUUGCGGAUAUACCACACUUCGCAGAGUAUGGAACCGUCCUCAAUAGCAGCACAAAGCCUGCACAGCUUACGGAAUCCGAAACCGAGUAUCAAGUUACGUGUGUCAAGCAUAUAUUCAGAGAGCAUAUUGUGUUCCAGUUCAAUGUAUCAAAUACCCUACCGGAUACUGUAUUGGAGCAGGUGGUUGUGGUAAUGCAACCGCAGGCCGAUUCUGGCUUGACAGAAGACGUUGUCUUCCAAAUCGACUCUCUGAGUUGCGCCAAUUCACCUGGAAUCGUAUAUGUUUCUUUUAAGCGUGACAACCCUCAAGAGUAUACCACCACCUCUUUCCAAUGUAUCCUCAAAUUUAUUUCCAAAGAACUGGAUCCCUCGACGGGUCGGCCGGAAGAUGAGGGCUACGAGGACGAAUACCAACUGGAAGAAGUCGAGCUUUCAGCCGGUGGGGAUUAUAUCAUUCCCAGUUAUGCUUCUUUUUCCUCGGAGUGGGAUCGUCUACGGUCUGGUGCGACUGCUACGGAAACAUUCUCACUUGGUGCCAUGGAAAGUAUCAAAGCUGCCUGCGAUUCUAUCAUUGAGUUGCUCAAUAUGGAGCCUUUGGGUGGCACCGAGGCGCCCAGUUCGACGUCUGUACACACGCUGCAACUUUCGGGCCUGGUGACCGGGGGAGGAGGCAAGGUGCUUGUCAGGUGCAGAAUGACUUUCUCGCGAGGUCAGGGUGUUACACUUGAACUUGGGGUGCGUGCAGAGCAGGAAAAUGCGUGUGCCUUGGUUGUAUCUGUCAUUGGAGGUUAG